CCUGCUUUUUGUUAUUCUUUCCUCUGUCUUUUACCAAAACUAGCAAACGGUGAUGGGUUUGGAUUUGCCACUAGGAUAAAUUUCCCUUUGUGCUGCAGCAAACAAGAACCAAUAUUCUGAAUUAAUUAAUAAGGAAAAGAGAGAGGCUUAAAGAAUAAGGAUGGUGAGAGGGAAGAUACAGAUGAAGCGUAUAGAGAACAAAUCAAGCAGACAAGUAACAUUCUCAAAGAGGCGUAAUGGACUCUUAAAGAAAGCUUUUGAACUCUCAGUUCUGUGUGAAGUUGAGGUUGCUCUCAUCAUCUUCUCUUCCAGAGGAAAACUCCAUGAAUUUUCAAGUUCCAGCGUUCAGAAGACAAUGGAACGCUACCGCAAUUAUGUUAGAGAUUCUCAAACAGCCAACACAUGCUUAGGACAAAAUAUGGAGGUUAUUAAUUAUUAUUUCCUUAUAUAUAGAAAUGAUGUCUAA